GGAUGGACGGCGAUCCGGCACUGGACGGCCUUCGGGGCCUUUACCAGGACCUUUCAGCUCUCUCAAGAAACGCCUUACCUAAUGUGGAUAGACUGGUGUUGGAGUUGCAGGCAACUGUUGGAGAUUUUAGGAAGCUCCUAGAUAAGGAUCCGAAAAAAAAUGAAAGCCGUCAAGCUGUUCUCUCUGGGAAAAUCACCCUUGAGAACUUAGAAUACUCCCUCAAUGAUGAUUUUCAGCAAGCCGUGUUACAAGUUGCGGAUGCAUUGGAUAUCGACGAGAUACAAGCCGCUGCUUAUUAUUUACAAGCCCAAUUGGAUUCGGUAAAGCUUGACCGUUCUCCGGUAAUGGUGGCAAUAAUCCGCUUCCACGAACGGCGCGCCUUUCUCCUCGAAUGCCUUCGUCUUAUCUUACGGGAGUCCUUCGAAAUUGAAAGAGAAGACACUCGUGCACUUAUGCAGGAUAUAGUUGCGAUGAUUCUUGAAAUACAGAAUGGCCCGCUGCGCAAUGGCUCUCUAUAUGCUAGAAAGUGUAUGGAUUCAAUGGGGGACAUUGAAAGGUGGCUCGUCCUCCUCGGUGAGCAAAUACAAAAGGCUUCAAUCGUUGGGCAGGCACAGGCUUCGGACGUUUUAGAGGUGAUCGAAUAUCAGCGUCACAGUCUCGGAAGGCAACAUGAAUCGUUAGGGGCAAUUUUAUCCUACCUUUUUAAAGGGACCUUCACGAGUUCGGAAGAUUUCCGGAAGCUGCUUGAAAAGCUUAAGAAGAACGAAAGAUUCGAUAUGCUUUUAAUACACUAUAUUCCUGCCCUUAUUUCUGCCAUUUCACAGUAUGGUUCUUCCGAAGGCCAAGGCCCGCUGCGAGAAGCCAGAUCUUUGCACCUCGCCAUCACCGGCAAUAAAGAAUCCACGAGCUGUGCGCUGCCGAAAUUCCAUGCCGCAGUUGUUGUACUUUGGCUAGUAGAAUAUGCUGGCUGGUACUUUGAUAGUGGCCCGGCAUCCCCACUUCAGGGAAUCAAUCCAGGCGAUGAGCUCGCAGCUCUCACUCAAAUGUUCAUGGCCGCCCUUGAAGAUGGGGGUCUAGAGUUCAUCCUUUUAGUUUGUUCAGGCAUUACCAGUGAAGAGUGGGUCGCUCCGGCAAGAAACGAACUGGUUGGCUUACUCCUAAAAGAUGCUGCGAGUCUGACUGUUGAACCGGAUGCUCCCUCGCCCUAUUUUCGUGAUCUUCUGAUGGAGGGUUUGGAGACGUUCACAGAAUCCUUGAUAGCUAACAUGCCGGAUGCGAUUCGCCAACUAAGAUCAGAGGAAGAUUUGCAACGGUUAGAUCAAAUGACAGCGCUCCGCGAAGCGACAAAUACGUCUUUACACCGUGGUUUAGUCGAACCCCGGAUGCAUCUAGAGUCUCUGCUAGUAAUCAUUGCAUUCACGUUUGACCAUAGGGACGAGGCAGCUCAGGAAUUUUGGGCAGACACUGACAGUAAUCUCUAUGGAUUCCUUCAGUGGGUAUCUAAGCGUCAAACUGUGCCUCGUGUCAGUGCUUUCUGUGAGAUGCUGUGUUCGCUUUCUGGUGGUGAAGAGAAUUCGGCUUCAGCACACAGAUUCUUGCUCGAUGAAGACGCCUCCUCCUCCAAAUUCCGGCGGUCAGCCUCGAUGAACUGGGAUCAAAUGUUUGCCGAAUUACAAUUAUAUGCCACCAGAGUUACCGAGCGGCCAUCAGCGGCUCAGCCGUCAAUCCUUCGCAACCGAAAACCCGAGUCAGUGGACAUUGACGAACCAGAAAGCCCAGUCAUGCUUACUUGUUACCUGCGACUCAUCAGCCACCUUUGCAAAGAAAACGGGCAAAUACGCGAUUGGAUCUUGCAGCAUCCGACCGCUAACCUUUCGAAUACGCUCCUCACCCUUUGUGCAGCACCGAUUCCCCAUCAUUUAAGGGCUGCUAUUUUUGUGACUCUGCGUUGCCUGAUGAUACGGCGAACAGCAGUUCAUGGAAAUGAGAUGUGGGCCUUGAUUGAUCAGUGGAUUUCUGGCUCCGGGGCGUCCCCCUUAUCACUCACAAAGUUGCCAGCUUUAUCAAGCUCCCCCGCCCUAAACGAACGGCAUGCUUUUCAAAGAAUCAUGGAAAGCUUUGACCAAACCAAUGCCUUUGUCGAACUUUUGACGAUUUUAGUGUCUCCUACUGUUGAUCUACCAGGUUCACACAUAUGCCUCCACUUCCCUGAAUCGCUAGGUUCGUCAUACCGAAUGCCUGGAAUCGAGCCGUACAUCGACUUUGUCAUGGGACAAGCCCUUGCUAAUAAAUCAACGGUUCUCGACGGGAAGGAGGCGCGACUUCUGCAAUGGAACUGCCUAAGCUUCGCCGCCACCUGCGUAGAAUCAUUCAAUGAAAACCUCGUAUCUCUUGUGAACCAAACUACCAUCUCCGCCAAUACGACCGUUGGAAGCGUUCCCUUGCCGACAUAUCUCCGUUUGCAUCCUUUCUCUCGAGUUAUGGAAUGGAUGUUUAAUGAAGAUGUCUUAAGAGCACUUUUCUCUUGCUCUCAUCAAGAUAUCGAUGAUGUGGCAAAUGCUUCAUCGGACUCUAUGUUACUUUGUUCGCUGAUCCGCAGCAUCGAGGUGAUGAACUUGAUAUUGGAUCACCAAGCCACAUUCUUCGAUAUUGUGCGCCCUUUUAUCAGAAGCUUUCCGCAGCAAGGGAUGUCAACCAUGGCAAAUGCCUCUCUUGCCUCGUUCGAAGACAGCAUGAUGGAUAAUCUGAGCCUCAUAUCUGAUUUAUGCCUAUAUUGCGGAACCGGUCACCCGCAACUAACUCUUGUCUCUCUAGCACUUCUGGAGAAGCUGUCGGCGUCUCGCAAACUCAACAGGCCAACCGCUACAUUCUCACAAUGGCAGACUUCCAACCAAAUUGUGGAACUAUUAAAUACAAACGUUGAUGCCGAUCGUAUAGCGCGUUCGUUAGCGGCACAAAUGGCUUCCGAUAUUCGGGAGUUGGAGAAUGGUCCAGAGGCUUCUGGGUAUCUUAUUAAGCUUGGAUUAGUUCAACUACUCGAUAGAUGCCUCAAGGCUAUCCCAAACAAGCCUACGGUAGCUCAUGUCCUUCUUGGAUUUAGAUGUGUUGGAAGUUCCCUUGAUGUGGCACCAGGUAGCCUUUUUGACAACGGCCUUUCAUUGCUACAUGCUAUCAGUGAUUUUGUCAGGACCUAUCCGGAUGGCAAUCAAGGCAUGAUAACAUCAUGGAUGGUGCAUUUAAAGCGAUUGGCAUUCCAGGUACUGCAAUAUCUUUGGACUUCGGCGCUCUCUUCGCCACUUAUCCUGCCUCAACUUCGUGCAAAUCGGCUGCUCGCAAACAUUCUCAUAUCUCAACCCGUAAUCGGCCCUGACUUGCUUUGGGAUGAGUUCCGAAUAACGGUGCCCGAAUUCUGGUUUACAGAAUCUGCCGUGGCACUUUCGGAGUUCCUUGUCUAUCGCAGCAUUAUCUUUGACUAUGCAACAACCGAAAUAAGAGCUGUGUUUAAUAAAAGCUCUCCUUCCUUCCAGAAAGAUAUUUUAUCAACGUUGCUUGGCGCUUCAGUAGCUGAAGAUGGGCAAACAAUCUCCCACCCUUCAAUUUUUGAUUUGUUUGACUUUGCGGACCUGGACAUCGAUUGGGCAUACGCUUUCCCUGAUCUAAAAUUUUUUAGGGAUGUGGACGUGAGUUUAUGCACCACGCCUCAGCAAGAUGGCCAUCCAGUUUUAUAUGAUCUCCCAAGCGUGGAAUCCCUUCUCCAGCUUGCAAAAGACCAUCUUGUUAGUGCUGGCCAAGUCAACGCUCAGGAAGAAGAUCAAAUCUCGUCGGAACGCGAUAAGCUUCUCCUCUUCCUCCGUGCUACGAAUCAAAGCUGCCAAGUCCGCUAUAAUCGUCUCGUCGCUUUAAGAUCUUGGGUGGAGCUGGUUAUCACCGUUUUGAUUACUUGUGACAUGGAACCUGCUCGUAUGGUGACACUUAUCUUACACACUCUUCAGGCCAUUCUUCCCAAACUUGAGAGUUCUUUUGCUGGGAACGCAGCAGAAGCUAUUGAAUUAGCUCGUCUGGCGGAAACUCUGGUUGAAAAGCUAGACACCGUUUCGACAAACAGCACUGAAGAUGUCAUAGAUGAGCGCCUACAUCACCUUUUCCAGGCUUGUAUUCGUGGCAUCCCCAACAUAUUAGAAGAGACGGUCUUGAGGGAAACUUUUUAUCACAUUUGCUCCAGAUAUCUUACACGAAUUACUCAGAGAAGUACGGCCAAAGCUCGUUUCGGACCCCGGGCCCAGCAAGUUAUCAAAUCAACAGGUUCGGGCCUAGUCGAUACUAUUUGCGACGACGCCUAUUCCGGUGAUGAAGGUUGUAGAGUGUCGGCCCUGAUAUUACUGAAUCUUCUUUCUGUUCUCGAUGAACAGCAGUCAUCUUCUAUUCUCGUGACCUUGAUCUCUCAGUCUAAUUAUCUUUCUAUGUUCCUUGGUGUCAUCAGAGCCAUGGCGUCAGAAUUCCGAAACACCCAAGCUGCACAGACGGCCCAAUUGCUACUAUUUUACGAAGCUCUAUUGUCACUCCUCCAACAACUGUCGCAAACGAAAAUGGGUGCUAUUCGCCUUCUUGAUGCAGGUCUAUUUCAAGCAGUCAAGGAAUCCCAGAUUUUUGCGGCUGACCCCGAUAUCGGUUUAGACAUCGAUAAUCCCGAUGCUCUCCGUAAAUAUUAUGACCUCCUUCUAUCUGUGCUUCGAGUCAUUGUCUCUACCGUUUUCACACGGGGCUUACACAACAAUCAGAUUGUCGAGCAAACUAGAAAUUUCCUGUCUGAAAACCGGCAGAGUAUGGUUGGAAUUUUCAAACGCUAUGCUAAAAUUGGAGGGCUUGAAGGUGUCGGAACACAGGAGUCUCUAGAAGAGCUUGUCAAAUCAUACGUUGCAUUGAUUGCCGCUGUUGACUUCCUUGAGUUUGAGGAGGAGCAAUCGGAGCAGCCAGCUGGACGAAAGUUAUUCUCAUGAUUCUUUGUUGAUGUAUCAUGAGGCUGGGAUUCGGUGCUAUGGAGGCAGAUUUUCCAAGACUAGAAAAAAUACUCUUCAAUCAAGAUACCCCCGUCCAUAUAUUUA